UAUUGGAUAUAUUGAAUGUUGACCUUCAGGAUCAGUAAAACCUGAUGUGAUUAUUUCAAAUUUUCCAAACAUCAGUCAUGGUUCCCAAGCUUGGUUAUUGGAAAAUCAGAGGCCUUGUACAACCAGCUCGUCUACUUUUAGAAUAUGUUGGAGAAAAAUACGAAGAGCGUUUGUAUGAUCAGAAUGAUGGUGAUGUGUGGAAAGAUGAAAAAUUCAAAUUAGGUCUUGAGUUUCCCAACCUUCCCUAUUAUAUCGAUGGUGACAUUAAGUUGACACAGUCUAACGCUAUCAUACGUUACAUUGCUGAUAAGCACAAUAUGUUGGGUGGCUGUCCAAAAGAACGUGCAGAAAUUUCUAUGCUUGAAGGAGCAGUCUUAGAUAUUAGAGGCGGUGUUUCAAGAAUCGCAUAUAAUAAGGAAUAUGAAACCCUCAAAAUUGACUUUCUCAACAAACUUCCAUCAAUGCUGAAGAUGUUUGAAGAUCGUUUGUCUGACAAAAGGUACUUGAAUGGUGACAAAAUAACUCAUCCUGACUUCAUGUUAUACGACGCUCUUGAUGUUAUUUUAUACAUGGAUCCCAAAUGCUUGGAUGCAUUUCCAAAACUAGUUAGUUUCAAGCAGCGUAUAGAAGAUUUACCACAAAUCAAGAACUACCUGAAUUCUUCCAGGUUCAUAAAGUGGCCUAUACAAGGCUGGUCCGCUGUGUUUGGUGGUGGAGAUGCUCCUCCGAAAUAAACCAACCGUAAUUCUUUUGGCGAACAUUUAUGAUCUCGCUUGUUAUAUGUUUGCGCUUAAUAAAAAUUAUUAAUC